AAGAAUGAAUUUUAUUCCUUGAGAUGUGUAAAUGGGCGACCUUGCUCAAACUCUCUUUAGUUUAGAGUUUACCCUCCUUAGUGGAUGGUGUCAAUAUUUCAGCUUCAAAAAUGAUAGUCGUGUGAUAUUUCCAUGUCGGCCACCAAAGAGUGGGGACGGAGUCGGAGUCUCGGAGAGGAAUGAGCAUAGAGCGGCGAGCAAACUCCUGAUGGCAUUACUGUUUGGCGGGCCAUGACGUGUUUAGCUUAUCUGGUGGUGGUUGUGGUGGGGAGAACUAAUUUUCAACAUUAGGAGAUAGUCAAGAGUGCGCAAAACUUUCUACUAUUAUUGUAGGUAACUAGAUAAACAAGCCAAAAUCUGCAGCAUCCCUUGACAGAUGUUGAAAUCAAGGCUAUUGGAUAGGUUGGAAAGUUGGGAGUAUUAGAUUAGCCGAGCAUUAAUUUCUUCAUCUCCAGCCCACUCAAGCACAGGAAGCAACUCGGCAAGGUGCAAAUUAGGACUUGGUUGAGCUGAUAUCGAACCAUGCCUUACUUCAAUUGCACUCAAGAGAUAGGUAAGCUUGACUUGGUUCCUGAGGAAUUUCAUGGAAGUAAAUCUCAAGCUGGUGUUGUUCCAAGUACAUCAACAGCAGUAGGAAUAAGCUCAUCAAGAGUCGCUGACAACACAGGUGAGAGUUCUUCUUCAGAAACUUGCAAAUCAAAUUAUGAAAAGCUUCCUGAUUAUCUUAAAUCCUGCCUAGACUACUCGUCCUUUGUUACCAAGAGACAUCCUGUAGAGAUAGGAAAACUAGUUCGGCUUUUGUUGGCUGAAGGUCUUAUACAAGACAAGCCAGGGGAUAGCAUGGAGGAUGUAGCAGCAAAUGUUGUCAAGGAAUUGAUUGACCUAGGAAUGCUUCAAGAAGUACACGAUGGGACUGAAGUAAAAGUCCCUGCCUCUUAUCUCCAGUUAUCUAUUCUUAAAUUGGAGAAACAAUAUUUUGUUUCUAAAACUGCAAAUUCACCUGUUCGUUUGGAGAUCAGAGAUGAUGGAAGGGAUAUCUUUCCUAACGUCGAAGGCCGUCUGGUUCGAUCUUUAUUUAUAAUCACUGCCGAACGCCGUCAUUAUUCUAUUGGUUCUACCGGAUGCCUCUCGCGGGCCUAUAUGAGAAAUGUUUGUGGGAUGCGGUUUCUGUUGGUGUUGGAUUUGGAUGGCAAGAUAGCGUACUUGCCUGAUGAAGUAGGAGACUUGAUUCACCUGAGUUACUUGGGCUUGGCUAACUCGGAUCUAGAUGAGCUUCCUCGGACUUUAGGUAAUCUUCAAAAGCUGCAAACUUUGGAUAUAAGAAUGUGUGGGAAACUGAGCAAACUACCAAUAGAAGUCCUGCAUAUCCAACAGUUGAGACACCUUCUAAUGUCCAAAAGCUUUGAUGAUUGUGAAAUUAGAGUUCCGGAGGGAAUUGGAAAACUGGUAAAUCUCCACACUUUGUCUGGUAUUUAUGGUGGAGACGGGAUUGCUAGAGAAUUGAGUGCCUUAACUCAGAUAAAAGAUCUUGGCGUUAAGCGUGUGUCUGCCGAUCAUGCUAGUGAGUUGUUUGCAGCAAUAAAGAAGAUGGAAAGCCUCGCGUCCCUCUCGUUAGAAGCAGAGAGAUGCUUUUUUGAAGAAACAAAUUUUACUCUUUUUCCUGAAUUGGAUGCAUUUUCUCCUCCACCUCUUCUUCAAGAGUUCUAUUUACAUGGGGGCUUAAUUGAGAUUCCCAUGUGGCUUGCCUCCAUGGAAAACCUCACCCGUCUAACUUUAUCCUUUUCUUAUUUAUCGGAGAAUCCAACCUCAGUCCUUCAGUUGCUUCCGAAAUUGAAGCAUCUCAGCCUCUGGGAAGCCUACAGAGCAAAGCUCAUUGGUAAAGAAUUUUGCAAUGCAGGCGGUUUCCCGGCUCUGGAAACUCUCACGAUUGCUUCUGAGUUCCUGGUGGAGUGGACUGAAAUUGCAACUGGGGCUUUUCCAAGUUUAAGAUCUCUUAGUUUUAGUUGUUGUUCAAGCUUGAUUUUUCUCCCUGAAGGCUUGCAGAACAUUUCCACACUUCAGGAGCUGCAUUUGGGCAGCCUGCAUCCAGACCUUGCAAGGCGAUUGGAAGGUGAGGAGAAUUACAAGAUCAAACACAUUCCAAAGAUCUUCCGCGUGUUAUUGCCCUUUUAACUAGAAUUUAUGUCACAUGCUUUUAUUAUUCGUAUUAAUCUCUUUUAAUGGAAUGUGUGAGGUAGUAAUAUAUUACAAAUUAUUUAACAAUAUUAAGUAUUAAUAAACAUUUUUAUAAAUUUAAAAUAA